AUGGACAAGGGGCCCUGGCAUGUCCAGAGUCCCCGGGGCGUCAGCCGCAUCAUCCCUGUGCACCCGGCUGGGGGCUGGAUUGCCAUGGGCAUCGUGCUGGGGGCUCCUGCUGUGGUUUGGGUCCUGCAUAGGGAAGCAAACCUGGCCAAGCCGUCUCGGCAGUGCUGGCACCAGGGCCAGGUGGGAGAGGAGCAGCCUGGGGCUGCGGCGCUGGCAGAUACAGCUGCGAUCUCCUCCCUCUCGGAAGAGAGAUACUUCAACUAUGGUGCAGAUGAGUACGACGCCGAGGGCAACGAGGAGCCCAAGGUGCUGCCGGAGGGCUCGGAAACCAUGCCCUACAUCGACGAGUCGCCCACCAUGUCCCCCCAGCUCAGCGCCCGUGGCCAGGAGAGCGGGGACGGUGUCUCACCCACGCCCACUGAUGGCCUCGGCACGGGGGGCGAGCGAGAUGCUGGCAAAGGCCUGGAGAUGCGGAAGCUGGUGCUCUCUGGUUUCCUGGCCAGCGAGGAGAUCUACAUCAACCAGCUGGAGGCCCUCUUGUUGCCUAUGAAGCCACUGAAGGCCACGGCCACUACGUCGCAGCCUGUCCUCACCCUCCAGCAGAUCGAGACGAUUUUCUACAAGAUCCAGGACAUCUACGAGAUCCACAAGGAGUUUUACGACAGCCUGUGCCCAAAGGUGCAGCAGUGGGACAGCAACAUUACCAUGGGCCACCUCUUCCAGAAGCUGGCCAGCCAGCUGGGGGUCUACAAGGCCUUUGUGGAUAACUACAAAAUUGCACUGGAGACCGCGGAGAAGUGCAGCCAGAGCAACUACCAGUUCCAGAAGAUCUCGGAGCUGGAGAGAAGAGGCACCGGGCAUCCCCGCCUGCUGAUGCGUGGCCCCAUGCUGCCCGCCUGUGGGUCCCGGGCUGGCGUGACUAUGCCGCCACCGCACGGCAAGCUGGCGGUGCUGGAGCCCGCGCUGCGCCUGGGGAGGUCCUUCAACCCAGAGGGGGAUGUGCUGACACAGUUGCGGGCAGGGACAGACCUUGCCAGCACGGGGCCGUGGCUGGAGCAGAGCACCAUGCGGGAAGUGCCACGCGGCAAGCGCCAUGCGGCAGUUGUCCGGGCUUGUAACCCCAGCGGGGACCUCACAGGCGCCCGUGCUGCUGGCGAAAACCCUCAGGCGCAGCCCCGAAAUCAAGAUGCACCGCUGCUGUACAAACCCAUCGACCGGGUGACGCGGAGCACCCUCGUCCUGCACGACCUCCUCAAGCACACCCCAGCCGACCACCCCGACUACCCGCUGCUCCAGGACGCCCUCCGCAUCUCGCAGAACUUCCUCUCCAGCAUCAAUGAGGACAUUGAUCCCCGGAGGACAGCGGUCACCACCCCCAAGGGGGAGACCCGGCAGCUUGUCAAGGACGGCUUCUUGGUGGAGCUGUCAGAGGGCUCACGGAAGCUGCGGCACGUCUUCCUCUUCACCGAUGUGCUGCUCUGUGCCAAGCUGAAGAAGACGGCGGUGGGGAAGCACCAGCAGUAUGACUGCAAGUGGUACGUGCCCCUGGCCGACCUGGUGUUCCCCUCACCGGAGGAGUCGGAGCACUGCCCACAGGUCCACGUCAUCCCCGACCACGAGCUGGAGGACAUGAAGAUGAAGAUCUCGGCCAUCAAGAGCGAGGUGCAGAAGGAGAAAGCCAACAAGGGGCAGAGCCGGGCCAUCGAGCGCCUCAAGAAGAAGAUGUUUGAGAACGAAUUCUGGCUGCUCCUCAACUCACCCGCCAUCCCCUUCCGCAUCCACAACCGCAAUGGGAAGAGCUACCUCUUCCUGCUGUCGUCCGACUACGAGAGGUCUGAGUGGAGGGAGGCCAUUCAGAAACUGCAGAAAAAGGACCUCCAGGCCUUCGUCCUGAGCUCGGUGGAGCUGCAGGUGCUCACGGGAUCCUGCUUCAAGCUACGCACCGUCCACAACAUCCCGGUCACCAGCAAUAAGGAUGACCUUUAUUGCACGCUGGAGGUGGACUCCUUUGGCUACUUUGUCAGCAAAGCCAAGACCAGGGUUUUUCGGGACACCACCGAGCCGCAGUGGAAUGAGGAGUUCGAGAUCGAGCUGGAGGGCUCCCAGUCCCUGCGCAUCCUCUGCUACGAGAAGUGCUACGACAAGACCAAGCUCAACAAGGACAACAACGAAAUCGUGGACAAGAUCAUGGGCAAGGGGCAGAUCCAGCUGGACCCGCAGGCUGUGCAGACGAAGAACUGGCACAUGGACGUGAUUGAGAUGAAUGGGAUCAAGGUGGAGUUCUCCAUGAAGUUCACGAGCAGAGACAUGAGCCUGAAGAGGACCCCGUCCAAAAAGCAGACUGGUGUUUUCGGGGUCAAAAUCAGUGUCGUGACAAAGCGCGAGCGCUCCAAGGUGCCUUACAUCGUGCGCCAGUGCAUCGAGGAGGUGGAGAAAAGGGGCAUCGAAGAGGUCGGCAUCUACAGGAUCUCUGGCGUCGCCACUGACAUCCAGGCGUUGAAGGCUGUCUUCGAUGCAAAUAACAAGGACAUCUUGGUCAUGCUGAGUGACAUGGACAUCAACGCCAUCGCCGGCACGCUGAAGCUGUACUUCCGCGAGCUGCCCGAGCCCCUCCUCACUGACAGACUCUACCCCGCCUUCAUGGAGGGGAUCGCCCUCUCGGAUCCUGCUGCCAAGGAGAACUGCAUGAUGCACCUUCUCCGCUCGCUGCCUGACCCCAACCUCAUCACCUUCCUCUUCCUGCUAGAGCACUUGAAAAGGGUAGCUGAAAAGGAGCCCAUCAACAAAAUGUCUCUCCACAAUCUGGCCACAGUCUUCGGUCCGACACUGCUGAGACCCUCAGAGGGGGAGAGCAAGGGACACCUCACCCUGGCCUCCGACAUCUGGUCCCACGAUGUGAUGGCCCAGGUCCAAGUCCUUCUCUACUACCUGCAGCAUCCUCCCAUCUCCUUCACUGAGCUGAAACGCAACACACUUUACUUCUCCACGGACGUGUAGCCUGCAGGGAGAAGGCACCAGCUGCAAACACUCCCAGCUCCCUGCUGGGGGACAUGGACUGGACCGCAGCCCCCCAGGGAGACCGGCCCGGACCCAGGACGGUGCCACCUGCAGCUCCUGUACAAUCGCGUACCAGUGGCCCGGUCCCACCCCAGGUGCCGUGCCUCUCUGUAAAGUAGUCGUGUCUUAUGUC